GCUGGGGACUGCCCCAACCCCGGGGCAGGAAGUUGCACUUGGCCUUGUUGAGCUCCAUGAGGGUCCCAUGGUCCCCCCUCUCCAGCCUGUCCAGGUCCCUCUGUAUCCCAUCCCUUCCAGCACAUCAACUGCACCACACAGCUCAGUGUCACUGGCAAAAUUCCCCACUGGACAUUCUCCAGUUCCUGGGAAACAGUCUUCCUCUGCAAGCUUUGUUCUCAUGAAGCCCUUAACAGAUGUGGGGCAGGAGGUGAUCCUUUUGGAUCGGGAACUGUGAUGGGAAAGGUGCUCGGGCUGAAUCCCUGCUCCCAGCCUGCAGCACGCAGCCUGGUCCUGGUGGGGGUGGAGGGUUCAGCACUGGCACGGCCGGAUGCCAAGCCCAGAUUAACCAUUGAAGACGUCACUUUCCAUUAUGGGAAAGGCUCCCAAAGAGCCCUGGAGCUUUUGGUGCCUGGGAUUAGCCUCCGGUGUGCUCAGCUCUGGGUGAGGGGCCAGGGUCUGGCAGCGUGGUGGUGCCGGCACGAUGAGCAGGGCCAGGAGCUGCUCUGAGGGGCUUUGCCUGGGCAGCUGAGGGUGACCAUGUGGGAGCAGGUCAGGAGAGCUUUGCUGGACUCGCUGUCCACGGCCUUCCUGCGGGUCUGGAAGUGGGCACGGGCUUUCUGGCAGAGAAAUGGCCUCCUGACGCUCUCCAUGCUGUCUGUUGUCACCGGCUGCCUCCUGGGGUUCCUGCUGCGAGCACUGGAGCUGACGGAGCUGGAGAAGCAGUAUUUCUCCUUUCCUGGAGAGCUCCUUAUGAGGAUGUUGAAGAUGCUGAUCCUGCCCUUGAUCACCUCUAGCCUCAUGUCCGGGCUGGCCACCAUGGACACCAAGGCCUGUGGGAAGAUGGGGGUGCUCACCAUCACCUACUACCUGUGGACAACCUUCAUGGCAGUGACUGUGGGGAUCAUCCUCGUGGUCAGCAUCCACCCGGGCGCAGCUGCCCAGAAGGACAAGUACUCGGUGGGGAAGGCGGUGCUCAGCUCCGCGGAUGCGCUGCUGGAUUUAAUCAGAAACAUGUUUCCUUCUAACCUUGUUGAAGCUUCAUUCCAGCAAUAUCGAACGGUUCUGGUCCCGGUGGUGAAGUCUCCUGGCAUUCCAAAGGUCCCGGGGAAAACUCUCAGUUUUAUCUACUUUGCACCUGAUGACGAAAAUCCUGAAAUCCAUCGGCCCGUGUUCCUGGAGCUGACCCCAUCUCCUGAGAUGACCUACAGGACCCUGCCCGGGACCAGCAACGAGAUGAACGUCCUGGGAAUCGUCAUCUUCUCAGCGACGAUCGGACUGCUCCUGGGAAGAAUGGGCGAGCGGGGAGCACCGCUGGUGAACGUGUGCCAGUGCCUGAACGAGGCCGUUAUGAAGAUCGUCUCCAUGGCAGUUUGGUACUUCCCCUUCGGCAUCGUGUUUCUCAUUGCUGGAAAGAUCCUGGAGAUGGAAGACCCAUCAGUUAUAGGCCAGAAGCUGGGGCUUUACGUCAUUACGGUGGUGUCAGGACUGGCCAUCCACGGACUCGUUAUCUUGCCUCUGCUUUUUGUGCUCAUCACCAAGAAAAACCCCUUUGCUUUCAUGCAGGGGAUGCUGCAGGCUCUGCUCAUCGCCUUAGCUACCUCCUCCAGCUCUGCAACCUUGCCCAUCACCCUGAAGUGUCUCCUGGAGAACAAUGGAAUAGAUCGACGUGUGGCACGCUUCGUCCUCCCCGUCGGUGCCACCAUCAACAUGGAUGGCACCGCGCUGUACGAAGCAGUCGCUGCGAUCUUUAUUGCCCAGGUCAAUGAAUAUGACUUGGAUUUGGGACAAAUUAUAACUAUCAGCAUCACAGCUACAGCAGCCAGCAUAGGGGCAGCCGGGAUCCCCCAGUCCGGACUCGUCACCAUGGUCAUCGUGCUCACUUCGGUUGGGCUGCCCACAGACGACAUCACUCUCAUCAUUUCAGUGGACUGGGCUCUGGAUCGAUUUCGGACGAUGACCAAUGUCCUUGGUGAUGCUCUGGCUGCUGGCAUCAUAGCACACGUCUGUGAAAAGGACUUCACUCCAAAGGCUCCUGUGCAGGAUCCAGGAAGCAGCACAGCCAAGCUCCCUUCUGGGGAGGCCUCACACCCGCAGCCCAAAGACAACGUGAUUGAAGUGAUGGAAGAAAGCUUGUUCGGUCAGACAGGAGUUCAUUAUAACAUCUGCCAGGUGUAGAUCGCAGCAUUCCUGCACCUGGGAACGGGAUCCUGGCGCUAACCACGGACAUGGUGAAUGCCCCGUGUGGAUGCUCUGCAAGACAAAGGCCUUACUUGGCACAAGUGGGAAAAACCUUCUCUAUUCUUUGAAGACCACAGGACUCUGCAGCAGCACCCACAGAGCAACCCCUGCACCCGAAGCCACCUCCUGCUUUGCUUUAGUAGAGAUAUUUCUUUUCUAACCAUUGUUUUUUUAUUUCAUUCCUGGGUUCUCAGCUAUAAACUGAAAUGAAGGAAAUCGUCUGGAGCUCAAAAUCCUGCAUUUUCAGCUGGUUGAAACGUU